AGGAUACAAAAAUGAAGAUAUUAAUUUAACGUAGAAUGGUUGUCCAAAAGCGUCCAACGCCAAUAAACUCUUGACUGCUUAUCAUGCUCGCUCGCCAAGUCCUGUCCACCUGCCGCCGCGCUGCUACCAUCAGCGGCUCCGCUAAGCGAGGCUUCAUGCGCUCGAGCUUCUUGAUGAACGACAAGAAGUCCGAAGACGAGGCCGCUGCAACUUCGACCGAAGAAGCCGCCGCCUCAACUACCGACGAAGCCGCCGACCCGGUCGUCGCUUUGCAAGCCGAAGUCGAAUCGUUGAAGGCCAAGAACACCGAUUUGACCGACAAGGUGCUGCGCGCCUUGGCGGACGCGGAGAACGUGCGCCGCAUCUCGCGCACGGACGUGAACAACGCGCGCGAGUUCUCCAUUUCCAAGUUUGCCAAGAGCUUGUUGGACGUGUCCGACAACCUCAAGCGCGCACACGAAAGCAUCUCGAUCGAGGAAUUGUCGCCCGAGCACAGCUUGGCCGCGAUCAAGAACCUCCAUGAAGGGGUCGUCAUGACAGACAAGGAACUGCAGAAGGUGUUCCAUUCGUUCGGCAUCGCGUCUGUGGGCGAAGCCGGCGACAAGUUCGACCCCAACUUCCACGAAGCGUUGUUCGAGUACGCCGACCCGACCAAGACGGUUGGCUCCGUCGGACAGGUCCUGAAGACGGGAUACACGAUCCACGGCCGCGUGCUGCGACCCGCGCAGGUCGGCGUCGUCAAGGCAUAGACACAGUCACGGAAAAAUAACUCUCUCGUGUUCAUAAUAGACAACCUCCACACAAUAAUAUCGUACGAAUUUUGAUCCAAAAU